AUGGUCGCGCAGUUGGAUCUCGGCGGCAUGCUCCCGGCACUGCGUUUCCGAACGCUGUAUGAACUCGAGACGUUCCCGGGCAACUCGGGACGACGAAGAUGCAUCAACAUGUGGAAACGACACAACUGCCAUGUCGUCUGCGGCCAUGUCAUCUGUGGACCGUGUUCGACCCAUCGCAUCCAUACCAACUACUGGACGACUCUGCGCGCGUGUGAUACCUACGUGGCUGAUCUCCAUAGCAACACCCCGCAGUUGGCAGACGUUUGCAAGAGAGCGAAGACGGCUACACCGCGCAUCAACAUGCGCAAUGUGGUGGUUCGCGGCUUCGACCCCCAACAUCACCGGUGCUCGUUGGACUCGGCGCUUUCCUCGCGGAGGACGCGGUACCGGACGACCGAGUUACGGCGAUGGCAGUCGGAGGUGCUGACACGCGCACUUGUUGGCACUGCCAGAAGACUGCCCACGCACCCCCACUCUGCUAAACUGGCAUGGGUCUCCAUCAGCAGCAUGGCGCGUCCCCGCGAAGCCGCCGCGAAAAACGGCAGAAAGCCGCUCGGCGCCUGUUGCAGCUCGAAGCGGCGGCUACUCGGCGAACGUCCACGCGUUCUCGCGCUUCGUGACGUUGGGCUCCCCACAUGGCACCUGACGAUGAACCGUGUCAAGCUGGCCGCUCGCGUCGACAGCUGCUCUACAAGUUGUGUUGGCAACGCAACAUCACAUGACGAUCACGCGAUCCGAAUGCCCUUCGCCCUGGAAGGCAUGGCCUGGCCUGGCCCCUCGGCAACCGCGGCCUGCGCAGUACUCUCCCGCGCCGACUCCCCGCCAUCCAUGUGCGGCGGCCUCACACGGAUUCAAGUGGCAGUGGACGUGCACAGACCCUUAUGGCCGCCACAGGCAGCACACAACGCAACGGGCUGUGGACCCCACGGAGCCAUGAACUCAUAGUUGUGGACAUGGUUGACGUCACCAUUGACGCUGUCCAAGCCUGGUUGGUUGAUGCAGCAGGGGCGGCUUCACUCCCGCCAUACGGCUCG